AUUUUUUUUAAUGGGGUGGGUUCGAGUUCUGCUUAAUAUAAUUCUCGGUGCUUCUUCACUUUGGCUGGUUGUCGUCUACCCUCUAGCAAAACGUUUUACUAACUGGCCUCAACUUGUUCUUGGUGCAACAUUCAACUGGGGAGCUCUUCUAGGAUGCACAGCAGUCACUGGAAAAUUUGUGCCAGAAAUUUGUAUUCCCCUCUAUUUGGCUUGUAUUUCUUGGACAAUGAUUUAUGAUACUAUUUAUGCAUUUCAGGAUCAAGAAGAGGAUAUCCUAAUAGGAUUGGGAUCAACAGCAAUUACUUUUGGCAAAAAUAGAGAAGCUUGGCUAAGCUUUUUUGGAUUAACAAUGAUGUUAAAUUUGUUAUAUUCUGGAUAUAUGCAAGGAUUGCCUUGGCCCUUUUUUGUUUCGCUUUUAGGUUUUUUUUGGAUUUUUUGUAUUUUUUUAAUCUGUGUUUUUGCUCUCAAGAAAGGAAUUUUUUUCUUGGGAAAGGAAAUAGGGUUUUCUCAUCUCCUAGUCAUCUUGUGUGGCUCUUGA